UGUGUCAGGUUUCCAGUCGGACCAUAUACCGGGGAGCAUCGUCACUCUGUGAUUGUAACGUUGUUAUUAUACAUCCACGGGUCGUAACAUUAACCGACACUAUCUCGUUCCUUGGCCUUAAUCCAGCUAAUUCACACUUGGCUAUGCCAGCGACCCUGCCGAUCCUAGUAGCAUGGACCAGGCCCACAGGGAGGUGCUACGGAAACAGCGACUGUACCUCUCAAACCAGAUACUAGUCAGCGACACGAUCGUUCAGUUUCUCUACCAGGAGAAUAUUUUGACGGCGAGUCACGUUGAAGAGAUCGAGUCCCAGAAUACCAGCAAGAGGAAAACCCUGAGUCUCCUCGAUGUCCUGCCGACUCGGGGACCCCGGGCCUUCGACCUGUUCAUGGAGUCGCUGCUCCAGGACUUCUCCUGGGUCAGAGACAGUCUGCUGCAGCUGCUAGAGGCGCAGCCUGCAGCCACCGGACCGGGCUCUGAGGUGCAACUCACUCUCUCCGUCUCUAAAACACCACGCCUCAUUUCAUUCCAGAAUAUAAAGAACAUCAACCCUGCCACUCUCACUUCAAGUAUCAACUCCUUCCACCUCACUGACAUCCACAAUCUAUUAGGGGUGGGAAUCUCUUGGCACCUCACGAUUCGAUUCCGAUUAUGAGGUCAACAAUUAGAUUCUGAAGCGAUUAUCAAUGCAUCUCGUUCCAACAAAUCUUUUUAUGGACAUUUCCAUGCGUGAUUUUCAAAAAUAUAUUUAUACAUCUGGGUUUGCUACUCAGAGUUUGCUAAUCCCUUCCUACUUUUGUGAUGAUCAUUAAAGACAUCAGAUGAAUUAACUUAUCUAAUACUUCAUAAGAGAGAAAGCUUUUGUCACAAAUAUGACUUUCUAUGAACAAUGCAAUAAUCAAUGCAGCUUGCAUUACAACACAAUAUGGAAGUAUUUAAAAAAUAGGUUUCAGUUUUAUUUUCUUUCUAAUCUUUCUUUUCUAUGUAAA